UUGGCACUCAAAAGAUACAACCUGUAUUCGUCUUUGAUCUGUUGUAGCAUUCACAUUUCUCAAACUCUCUACUCUCCAUUAAUGGCGACCUAUGGAAACCCUGCAGUCAAACCAUUCAUUUCGUCAAAGCUGAUUGACAAUAGAGUCGCCUCUUCUUUCAAAUCAGGCGGCAAUGUCCACUUUUUGCAGUCAGUUUCUUCCCAGAAUCUCAAGAUUUCGACAGAUUAUCAGAACUUCUCCAGCAGAUCUGGAAGCCUCAGUACCAAAGCAUUCUUCUGGGAUAUUUUCAAACCAAAGCCCGAUUCUUCGAGAUCAACUAAGGUUCAAGAAUUGUAUGUCUACGAGAUAAACGAGCGUGAUCGUGGCAGCCCGGCGUACCUGAAACUGAGCCAGCAGAAAGAUGUAAACGCUCUCGGAGACCUGGUGCCAUUCUCUAACAAGCUCUACUCCGGCGACCUCCAGAAACGGCUGGGCAUCACGGCGGGUUUAUGUAUACUAAUCCAACACGUGGCUGAGAAAAAGGGUGAUAGAUAUGAGGCCAUAUUCAGUUUUUACUUUGGCGAUUAUGGGCAUAUUUCGGUGCAGGGUCCGUAUUUGACCUACGAGGACACGUUCAUGGCCGUGACUGGUGGCUCCGGCGUAUUUGAUGGAGUGUAUGGGAAGGUAAAAUUGCAGCAGAUUGUGUUCCCAUUUAAGUUGUUUUAUACGUUUUAUUUACAGGGCAUUAAGGAUUUGCCAGCUGAGCUGGUGGUUAAGCCGGUGGCACCCACACCGGCAGCUGAGCCGUCGGCAGCUGCUAAGGCGACUGAGCCUGGUGCCGUAGUUUCUAACUUCACGAAUUGAGAAUAUGUGGAGUAAUCCAUCAUUAGCAAGUUCAAAUAUUUAUUUCUUAAUUAUGAAUGUAUGAAUUGGUAGUUUGAUGAAAAUUUUAUGCAAUUCAUGACGUUUCAAUAAUUUCCAGUUCAUGGAUUUUUCUCUAAUAAUUAAGAGUAUUGGAAUUUGUUUAUUAGGAGAACUAGAACACUGUUUGUUCUUCAACUAUAGUUAAAAUUAGGGUAUGUUUGAUUGCGAAGAUGGAAUUUGGAUGAAAAUAAAAUGAAUUCCAGGGAAUUGAAUUA